AGCUGCCGAGGCAGCUGUCUCGGCAGCUGCUGGGCGACUCAGGAAGGUGAACUACUGCUGCUUCCCGAGGGCCUGGUCCACGGUCUCUGCCUCGGCCAAACAUGGACUUCAGAGAAAUUCUGCUGAUAGCGUCCAAGGGACAAGGAGUCAAUAAUGUGCCUAAAAGGUACAGUUUGGCAGUGGGACCUCCCAAGAAAGAUCCGAAGGUUAAAGGAGUUCAAUCAGAAGCUGUACAAGCUUUUCUUCGGAGGAAAGAAGAGGAACUCAGACGAAAAGCCUUAGAAGAGAAAAGGAGAAAAGAAGAGCUAUUGAAAAAACGAAUUGAGCUCAAGCAUGAUAAAAAAGCCAGAGCAAUGGCUAAGAGGACAAAGGAUAAUUUCCAUGGUUACAAUGGGAUUCCUGUUGAGGAAAAGUCAAAGAAGAGACAGGCAGUGGAAAACCAUACCACCCAGGCAACAGACCAAGACUAUGAGAUGGAAGAAGAGGAUGAAUUCUUAGAUUACAAUCAAGGAGAACCAGAUCAGGGGUUUGAAGAAGAUCAAGAGCCUCCCAAAGUUGAAAGCAAACCAAAGGCCCCCCUUAAAAGUGCCCCACCACCACCCAUGAACUUCACUGAUCUACUCAGGCUAGCUGAGAAAAAGCAGUUUGAACCAGUAGAGAUCAAGAUAAUCAAGAAAGUAGAAGAGCGACCUAUGACUGCAGAAGAACUUAGGGAACGAGAAUUUCUGGAACGAAAGCGUAUGAGAAAGAAACCUGAGACAGAUGCAAAACUACCUCCAACUGUGUCCAGAAAGGUACCUUUGCAGAAAGAAAGUGUGAGCACAAAACUUAGCAAAAGUUCUGCAGACAGGCAUACUCCUUCUAAAGGAUUUCCCCUUCCUCAUACUGAGAAGAAAUCCAGACCCAGCAUGGCCAGUGAGAAACACCAAGCUGUGUCAUCAUCCAAAUCCGAGCCAGGAGAGAGGACCAAGACAGGAUCUGGCAAUAGCUCCCAGCCCUCAGUUCGCGAAGGCCAUAACAGACCUGUUUUCAAUGGGGCUGGAAAGUCCCACUCCAGCACAUAUUCACCAAGUGUCCCAAAGACUUCUGCCAGUGGGACUCAGAAGCCUGCUACUGAGCACAAAACCAAAAAACCUCCUUCCCUUCCUAGUCAUUCCAAACCUGGAUCCAUGGUCUCCCCAUCCAAUAAGGUCAAGAGUCCAGGUGUCAAGCAGCCCGGAAGUAGUUCUAGUUCGGUCCCUGGGCGACCCAGUACAGGGACUCCUCGGCCCACAGUCAGUCCCGGCCCUGUGCCCAGGCGCCAGAAUGGCAGCUCUAACUCAGGACCUGAACAACCAGUCAGUGGGACCAAAAAGCCAACCAGUGACUCAAAGCCCUCUGGGCUGCCUGCCAGUGGCACAGGUGGCCCCAGACGGCCUGCAAGCACCACAAAUGGCCCUGGGCGACCCCUCAGUGGCUCCAGCAGUGCUGGUAGACCUAUCGUCAAUUCUGGAGGCCCUGGGCGGCCAGUGAGUGGCUCGGGCACCCCUGGGCGAUCAGCUGGUGGCCCUGGAAGGUCCGUAAAUAGCUCAGUUCCAGCUGGACGGCCUGUCAGUGGUUCAGGCCCUGGGAGACCUGCAAGCAGCCCGGCACCUGCGCGGACAGUCGGUGGUUCAGGUCCUGGAAGACCGGCGAGCAGCCUGGGACCUGGACGGACAGUCGGUGGUUCAGGUCCUGGAAGACCAGCAAGCAGCCUGGCACCUGGACGGACAGUCGGUAGUUCAGGUCCCCCUGGAAAACCUAAGUGCACUGUUGUCUCGGAAACAAUUUCUUCAAAGAAUAUCAUUAGCCGGCCCAUCAACGGACAGAUGAGUGGAAUGAAGCCACCCUUGUCUGGCUACAGAUCUACCCAAGGUCCUCAGAGAUUUCCUUUUCCUGCUGGUUAUAAGCGGCAGCGAGAAUAUGAGGAGGAAGAAGAUGAUGAUGAUGAUGAAUAUGACUCUGAAAUGGAAGAUUUUAUUGAAGAUGAAGGAGAACCUCAGGAAGAAAUAUCGAAGCACAUUCGAGAAAUCUUUGGCUAUGACCGAAAAAAAUACAAAGAUGAAAGUGAUUAUGCCUUACGUUACAUGGAAAGUAGUUGGAAAGAGCAACAGAAGGAAGAAGCAAAAAGCUUACGACUGGGUAUGCAAGAAGACUUGGAAGAAAUGAGACGUGAAGAGGAAGAAAUGAAACGUCGAAAGGCCAAGAAGCUCAAGAGGCGCUGACUGCUGCUUUUAUGAGAUUCUGGGGACACUGCUGCAAGAAUUUCCUGCCCCCUUACCAUUUUAGAUUUAUAUUUGGGUACUCAAGGAGAAGGAAUGCUUAUAGUCCUUGGAGCAUAAAGUACUUUUAAAGACUUUCCAGGGUUAAAUCUGUAAUGCAGAUGACAAUGCCCGCUAUGUGCUCUUCGGAAGCUGACUGUUUGCAGAUGCCAGCCUUGGUCCUGAUAAGCUAUGCACUCUGUGGGGUCACUCUGCAGUCCUCCAGUCACUUAUGUUCCUUUGCUACUUUAAAAGGAAAAAGAAAGGAGGAAGAAAAGGGGUUUGCCUCUUAACUUCUGUAGUUCUGCUCAUGUGUGAGUGGGACACUGCCCAGCUCCCAGACUUACUGGCCUUUCCAUGAAUGUUGCCAGCAAUAAAAUGGCCUGUCCUAAUCUAUGUGUUUAGAUUAAGAACUUGAAAAUGUAGGGUAAGCUUUUUAAUUAUCAUAUUCAUGUCAUCCUUGUUACUCUAAAGUACAAAGUAGAAUAAAUUAUAUUAUCAUCUGUACUACUCAAUGAAUUGGAUGCUGAGCAUUCUUAUUUAGGUAAUUGAGCAACUAACAGAAAAAUUUCCAAGUUAAAAUACAAGAAUAUUCUCCCAGUUUUCCUUUCAGAUUUACUGUUUGAUUUCAUGGAAUAAACAAGAUCACUGUGCUGAUUGAUUUUUACCUAAGAAUUUUUCAUUUUUACAUUGAAAAGUUAUUAUAGUCAGACAUUAAAUUAGGAAGAGUAAUAGA